UCAUAAAGUAUGUUAGUGCGUAUUCCCGUUAGCGAUGGCAGGUGACUGGAGCCUAUCCCAGUAACUUUGGACCUAUGAGGACAGGGGCCAGCUGGUAACAUUUACUGUUGGUAUAUGUAACUGUGUAUUGGAAGAAAUAACUGGUAACAUUUAAAGUUUUUUUUGGCUGCUUUAUUGUCCUUCGGGUGUUAACAAACACAUGCACCGUGUAUAAUGUACACACGCUUUAUGCUGUUAUUUAUUGAAACUUUAGAGAGGACAUGGAGAAAAAGAAAUUGAUUACUUAAAAAAAAAGGCGAAUUUUUGCCAGACCAAGCCCACCCCAGUCUGAGAGGUGCGCGUUCACGCUGCUGUCUAUGGCCAGCCCAGAUCCCUGGGAGCGCGCUCCCGUGCCAGGCUGCCGGAGAAAGGAAUGCAGUUGUCCUUUCCACGCAGAAAGACAAGGGACAUAAGACACACGGAAUCCUGGACCAAAUAGUCUGUUUGCACUCGGAGACACGAAAGACACGCGGGAUAUUUUGGUGACAAGAAGACAAAGCGUCGAAGAAGAGGAGGAAGAGAGUGAGUGAGAGAGUGGGAGAGUCCAGAGGACCGUCCAGGACAGCGCUCGCUCUCCUGAUCAGCCUAUUGAUCCUGCUCCUGUCUCUGUCCGUGCUGCCCCCUCUCCAGCAGCCCACAGCAUAGAAGAUGGCUGAGGCCACCACAGAGUCAUAGAAGGUCCAGUGCAGCCCCAUGCUUGACAUUUGAGGUGUCCUUGUCAGACUGCAGUUGGUUCCUGUAGUCAGCAUCUUCAUGGAGGUGUUUCCCGUCCACUGACUGAGAAGGUCAAGUCUCUGCAUCUGCAGCCAUGUCUGCCUGCAGCACAUUCACAGAGCACGUGUGGAAACCCGGCGAGUGCAAGAACUGCUUCAAGCCAAAGAGUCUGCAUUCUCCCGUUCUGAGCGGCGGGGAGAAGCUCCGGUCCGAACAGAGACUUCCAACAUCGCAGCAGCAUAAUCCGCCCCAUGCCGGGAGCAAGGCCAACUCUAAUCUUGCCAACAAAAACUCCCAGAGGGCUGGUGCCCACUCUGGGCAGUUCCGUCCACCGGUGGCGAAGAAGCCCACCAUUGCCGUCAAGCCCACUAUGAUGCUUCCGUGCUCUUCAUUUGGGUUGGAUCCAGUGAAUCUCCUGGAAGCAGGCAAAACAUCAGCCUUUAUGGUGUGGAAUCGCAAUGGAGUCAACUGUAAGAGAACCUACUGUCCAAGCAGCGAAGGGCAGGACGGUAUCAAUGAGAUUGAGGGUUAUGAGCAGCCCAGUCCGAGGACCCCGAGUGGAAAUAACAACGACAGUGGACUGACUGAUGUCUUAAAAGAGAUUGCGGGAUUAGACCCCGGUCCUAGCCUAUCACCUGUCUCAAAGGACUUGUUUUGGGGACGUAUUAGUAGCUCAUAUCGCAGGUCGCUGGAAAGAGGCCUCCCAGCUGCUAGUUGUUUGGCUAUGGGAAGUUGCGCCAGUGGUAGUGGUACCAGUCAGAAACGGGUGUCCCUUAGUGAUAGCGCAGAAGUCAUCAGCACAGAGGGCGGGCGCUUUUGCUACCCCGAAUUUUCGAGUGAGGGGGAAGAUGAUGAGGAGGACGAGGAAGAGGAUGAAAGAGAGGACGAGCACGAGAGCUGGGACGAAAGCGAUGAAGAGUUACUCGCCAUGGAGAUCCGUAUGAGAGGCCAGCCACGAUUUGCAAAUUUCCGAGCGGCCACAUUGUCCCCGGUGCCCUUUGCCGCAGGCAACAAGUGGAACACCGUUCCACUUCGCAAUCGUUCGUUACAACGGAUUUGUGCAGUGGACUACGAUGAUAGCUAUGAUGAAAUUUUGAAUGGGUACCCCUCCAUGGAUUCCACUGGAGUUAUUCCUUCUUAUGGACUUCAUGACAGUCAGGGAAGUGGCUUCCUUACAAAUUCAGAGUCUACAAUUUCUCCUGGAUCGUCAUCAUCUCUACCCGAGGACUCUAAGGCUGCAUUCAGCAGUGAGAGUAGUGUCUCCUGUGUUCAUGGAAAUGGAUUGCAGUCCCCCACACCAGUCCAAUCCCCUGUACCUUGUAUUUCUCCUGCAAAAAAAGAUCCAGCUCACAGAGCACUGAGUCCUGUCAAGGUUACAGAGACUCAUAAGGCUGUUCUGGCGAUCGAAUUAGAUGAUCAGGAUCAGUUGGCCUCAAUGCCCCAGGCCCUUCCAGGUCAACCAGUGACUAUCAGUUUCAGUCCCACAGAGGAACAGGCUAAACCGUACCGUGUUGUCAAUUUGGAAAAGUCACUCAUUUGUAAACCUUACACUGUUGUGGAUGUGUCAGCUUCCAUGAGCAGGAAAGAUGAACACUCUGACUCUGCCCCAAAGCACAUAAACCAGUCAGUGCCCUCCAUCCCAGUAUCGUUUUGUGCCACUUCUGUGGGUCGCCUACUGUCUCCAACUUCCCCAAGUUACCCUUCUUCUGGGUUUCCAACCUCUGUUGCCUGCUCAAAUACGUCCAGAAAGAAAUUAGGGAGCAUGCGCUACCAGGAAGUAUGGACGUCAAGCACAAGUCCUCGCCAAAAGAUCCCCAAAGUUGAUGUGGGGAAUGGGAGCACUGCCGGUCAGUCCAUAACUUCUCAACACUCCAGCCACAAAUCAGCUCCUACAUCUCCAGUUGCUGGGCUAUCUUCUUCCCGAAAUGUACCUGUGAAAUCUCCCAAUUUAGCAGAGAUCAAGUUCAACAGUUUCAACAAUGCAGGCAUGCCUCCUUUCCCCAUCAUCAUCCGAGAUGAGCCAGCGUAUGCCCGCAGCUCCAAGAAUGCUGUAAAAGUACCAAUUGUUAUCAAUCCAGGCGCUUAUGACAAUUUAGCAGUGUACAAGAGCUUCCUGGGUCUCAGUGGGGAGCUGACACAGGGGAAAGGGGGCGGCAGUCGGGCGACCAGCCAUACCUAUGAAGAGAUUGGAUCCUCAGAGAGUUUCCUGUCCGCCUCCACAGACAAAACCCUCUCUGGCAGAGGCACGUUUGAGAAAGCGCCUUUGGAAGAUUCAAAAGCAUUGCUCCAAGUGAGAAUAAAAGCACCCAACCUACAACCCAGAACCAUUGCCGACCCACUCACUGUGACUAGCACUGUGUUGGACCCUUUGGGGGUGGGGGCUCUUUCACCCACUGCUGCAGCUGAAAACCCACCUGAGAGUAGCCCUCUUGCCAUAACACGCAGUUGCAGUAAGGACAUUAACGCAGAACAACCUUCUGGUGGAGUCAUAAAGCAUGGUGUGGAGGCCAGUGCUGUGCUCUCACAAAUAGUGGCCUCCAUCCAGCCUCCCCAAUCUCCUCCAGAGUCACCUUCAGCCCAUGACAAAUCUUUCAGUUCUGAGGAAAUUUAUGCCCUUCCACCUGAUGCCAUGAAAGAGAGCCUCACAAGACCCAAGUCUCUACUCUCUACAAAUGACGCAAGUGUUUCCAAGCCAAUAAAAAAUACGCUCUCAAACGUUCUGUCCAAAUCUCAGAGCGCCUCUGCUGCCCUCCCCCUUUGCACCAGCAGGUCAGAGCCAAACGCCCCGUUCCCCCCUCCUAGGUCUACAUCAUCCCCUUAUCAUGCUUCCAACAUCCUCCAGAGACAUUUUAGCAACUGGGCCAAGAGCUCUGCCUCCAGUUCUCCUGUGCGUGCCAGUGAAGGCGAAAGCAGUUUGAACGGGGAAGGGAGGCGUAAUCCACCAGAGAGCUCCAAACCCAAACGCUGGAUCUCCUUUAAGAGCUUUUUCCGUCGGCGGAAAGACGAGGACGAGCAGAAAGAGAAGUCGGAGAAAGAAAAAGAGAAAGGCAAGCUGUUUGGGCUCGACGGGACCGUGAUCCAUAUUCUCCCGGCGCCGCCAAUUCAGCAGCAACACUGGUUCUCGGAGGCCAAAACCGAGGAUCCUACACAGAAACCAACCAUCAUCUUUACCUAUAAAAAGGAAAGUGGUUGUCCUGCAGGUGGAGAAGGAGAACUACAAGUAGAAGAAUGCAAGGAGACUGCACUGCUGACACCCAACUACCGUCAGGAGGCCAGACCUUUGAGCCCUGGGCCAACAGCAACAUCAGAGGCUACAGGAGUUGCCCCCGUCAACGACAUAAGCCGGGUACCAGUCAGCGCCAACCAUGCCAGGGAUGGGGAGCUGCCCACUGCCACCUCCCUCCCCGCCAGAGUCCAUCUGGGGCCGGUGUCGGGGGAGGCCGGCCGACUCAGCGACAGCCUCGGGGAGCCGGAGGAUGACGGGAAUCAGUCCCAUCGCUCGCACUCGCCCGCCUCCAGCCAGGGCAGCGCCACCUACAGUAACCUCGGGCAAUCAAGAGCCAACAUGAUUCCACUGAAACAGCCCCGGAACAUGAAGGCAUCCAACGACACCCUGGCUUCCAUUGACCUGGAAGGCCUCGCAGACCAGCCCCUCCCUAAAUGCACACCCCCACCACUGCCGAAAAAGGCGGUCCCCCGCUCCAGCACAGAGCCCAGCCUGGGUGGCAAGGAUCCCCUCCAGGGCGCCUUUAGACCUCGUCCGGAGGCCAAACCCGGCGGCACCAACCUGAGUGUCGCCAAUCCGCUGUACGAUUUGGACACCACCUGGGAGACGGCCAGUCAAAGCUCCUCGCUUGGCUCCGAGCCUCACUGGCCUCGCGGCCAGGAGAGCGCCGACUCCCUGGAGCAUCCGUCAGUCUCCAUGGCCAAGGCUCGCCCUGCUACAAGCAUGUCCUCAUUGGUCACACCACCUGCGGCUGCCACCAGGGAGAGGAAAGUGUACCCAAGCACCGAGUCUCUCACCGGGAAGAGUCGCAAAGCAGGUCAAGAUGCUACCGCUACCAAGCACCAGAGGUCUGCGUUGUACCGGGGCUUGGACAGCUGGGACGAGGUGGUGGGCAGGAUCAGGUGCCUUCACACGGACACCCUGAGGAAGCUGGCAUCAAAGUGCGAAGAUCGCUUCAUGGCUGGCCAAAAGGACCACUUGAGGUUCGGGACUGACAGCUGGUCCCACUUCAGGCUGACGACAGGGAGACCCUGCUGCGAGGCUGGAGACGCCGUGUACUACACUGCCUCGUAUGCCAAGGACCCGCUGGUCAGCUACGCCAUCAAGAUCUGCCGGAGCAAAGUCAAGGAGACGCAGCAGCAGUUCUUCCACAGUCUGGCCGUAAGGCAGAGCCUGGCCCUGCACUUCAACAUCCAGCAGGACUGUGGACACUUUCUGGCUGAUGUCCCCAGCCGGCUGCUGCCCUGGGAUGAGGAGGAGGCAGAGGAGGAAGAGGAGGAGGUAGAGGAUGAGAAGGAAGAUGGGGAAGUUCAAACAGAGUCUCCAAAUGGUGAAUCAGGCGAAAGUUCAACCGGCGUUGCCAUGAGCGGCGCCGGCCGCUUGAGGAGCAGAGUGGUGGUCAUCACGCGUGAGGUGCCGUUCCAGACGGUGGCCGACUUUGUCCACCAAGGCGUGUCCCAGCACACCCAAAACCCCGAGCUGUACGAGCGGCAGGUGUGUCUCCUGCUGCUCCAGCUGUGCUCUGGUCUGGAGCAAAUGAAGCCUUAUCAUGUGACCCACUGCGACCUGCGCUUGGAGAACCUGCUGCUGGUCCGCUGCCAGCCCAGCCCUGAUACCCUGGAGCCCAACAACAACAACAACAAUGGCAGAAACUCCACCAGCACCACUCAUGUUACCAGCCCAGCCCGCCUCAUCAUCAGCAACUUUUCGCGAGCCAAGCAGAAGAGCGCUCUCAUGACCGCCGACCCCGGGGCCCUCAGGGACCACUCUCGGCUGGCUCCCGAGAUCAUCACAGCCACCCAGUUCCGCAAGUGUGACGAGUUCCAGACGGGGAUUCUCAUCUACGAGAUGCUACACCAGCAGAACCCCUUUGAGGAUACACCAGAGCUGAAGGAACGAGAGUACACCUGGGCGGACCUGCCUCCCUUACCAGUGCGAUCGCUGUACUCGCGGGGCCUGCAGCAGUUGGCCCGCUUACUGCUCACUGUCAACCCCUCUGAGAGGAUCCGUAUGUCGGACGCACGGGCCAGCCUGCAGUGUCUGCUCUGGGGGCCCCGGGAGGACUUGUUCUUGGCUCUGGGUUGUGGGAGCUCGGGCCCUGUGACAACAGCCACCCUCCAGAACUGGCUGGACCUGAAGCGCACGCUGAUGAUGAUCAAGUUCGCUGAGCGCUCGAUAGACUCGGCAUGUGGUGUGAGCUUGGAGGACUGGCUCUGUUGCCAGUACUUGGCUUUUGCCACCACUGAGAGCCUGAGCCGGGUGGUGCACAUCCUGCAGCAACAGAACCAGAACCAGAACCUGACCCCUCCAGUGCACACCUUUCACAGGACUCAGUCGCAGCCGCUCUGAGUUCUUUGGUCUUGUGUGGUCUGUCCUGUGUGCUGUCCCCGUGCACAUGAUAACAUUAGCAUCCUUAUUUAGCCGAGUUAGCAGACGCUUCGAAAAAAAGCUGCAGAAGUAUUUUGACAGCGCCGCAACCCAGUUGUACACAAGAGCGGCAGGUGGUGCUAGCUACAGUACACCAUCCUAGAUUAAUGUCUAUUUAUUUAGUUUCUAUAUGCAUGUAAUUCAUGUACAUUUUCACACAUGUUUUAAUAGCUCUAAAUAGUGUCUGCUAGAUUGAAAGGAAAGGCUAUUCCCGUAGUAUCGUUUUCAUGCAAAUAUUUGGUUUUCCACAUGCAACAAAUGCAGAGAGAAUGUUGGAAAUGAAGGGAAAAAAUAUCAAACUUUUUGCUUUUGUCCUCAGAGGACCAAACUCAAUUUAGGGAAAAAUUCUAAAUCCAAAUGCCAAAUAUUGUACCGAGCCCAAUACGGCGUCUUUGAAAGACCCCACUAGCGCCUGUUAGCGGCAGCUGGGUUUGCCGCCUUUUUUUACACUUGAGCCAAAGACCCACAGAGACACCGCAUCUUAGGCAAAAGCACCAUCAUCACACACAUACAGUAUCAUGUUUUAUCAUAGAAAUAUCAGCAGCAAGUAUCAAAGACAUCUUCCUCAUCUGCUUGUUUGCAUCCAGUCAUGCCGGUCACACGCGACCAAACGCACCCGACUUCCUCUUCACCCAACCUAACCAACGUGACACGUGACAUGUGACACGUACGUACGCAGCCCAAAAGCUCAACAACAUCCUCACUACUUCUUCUUUCUCUAUACGUACACUUUUACCAUUUACACAUACACCUUUUACCAUUUCUACAUACAGUAUACUCUAUGUAUACCUUUACCAUUUCUACCUAUACUCUAUGUAUACUUUUACCAUUUCUACCUUUACUCUACGUAUACUUUCUGCAUUUCUACCUUUACUCUACGUAUACUUUUACCAUUUCUACCUUUACUCUACGUAUACUUUUACCAUUUCUGCCUAUACUCUACGUAUACUUUUACCAUUUCUACCAAUACUUUUACCGUUUCUAUGGCUGUGGACGAGCACAACUGAAACCACCGCUAACCUUUUCCCUCUUGUUUUGGGAAGGUUGGGACGGUGUGGCCGCUUUUCCUCCACGGAGUGCUGAGGCGUUGUCAUGUGACUGUCGCGGAGGUUACUGAGAGCAAAGAAUGAAUUUAUUGAAAUGAUAAACAUGACGUCAGCCACUUCAGUCUCGCGGGCUAAACCACUUGCUCACAUUUUCUCACACAUUCUUAUUUCUUCAUUAUUUCAUGUACUAUUUCAAGUACUUCAUUAUGUAAUGUAUAGGUCAUUAUUUGAAGUACUUGAUGCCGAGGCAUUGAAGCCGUAGUGAAAACGUGUCAGUACUUGGAUGGAUGUGAUGAUCCAUAAAGGGAAUGUGUUGCUGCAGCUGAUACCAGUGAAACUAACAAGAUGAGGAUUUGAUACCAAAGAAUGUGUGGAGAGCACUGGCGGCUGAACUUGUGUCUGCACAUUGAAAAAACUUCCACUGUAUACUAUGUACUGUAUAUACUGUACACAUCAUGUGUUGGAAUGCACACCUUGGAUCUUUGGUAAAAACUUGAGUGGGCGUGGAAAGAAUGUUUGGAAGAGGAAACACAAGUAAACAGAAUUAUCAACACAAAUCAUUUUCUCAUGUAAAAAACAUGAAAGCACAAUAAAUGAUUUUUAAACUUAACUUUAAAAAUAUGAUGACCUCCAACUUGUAAGAUUUCAUUUAGGGAAAAUAAAUCCGUUCAGAUGGAAAAUGGAAACAUAUCCAAAACAUGAUCAUUAUCAUUCUUUUAAAAAGCUUUGAAAUCAUUUUUAUAAUGUCAUGUUUUUAACAAGAGAAAAUUGUGCUUAUUUGUACUUGUACUUGUACAGCGCAGUACUGCAAGUGUUUAUACUAACUGACUUGACUGCAUUAUGUGAGGGUUUUGUACACGGUAGAGUAUUAAAUACACGAGCAUGAUGAUGAUGAAGAUGAUCACCACUGAACACAAAAGCAACCACCGUGAAAAAGAAUAAAUAUAUCUUUUUUGUAAUCUUCUGUCUUUUUAUGCAACUGCUUGAAUAAGCAAGAGUAUUAGAGCCGCAUUGAAAAAAAAAUAUGAGUUCCAGUCUUAAUAUUACCUUUGCCCAAUGCCAAAGGUCACAUAAGUCCCUCCUUUUCACAGAUGUCUCAGGCAAUGCCUGUUUCCAUGGAGUAUUAAAAUUAUCUGGAGAUUUCGAGAAUAAUGUCAUAAUAUCACGAGUAUAAAGUCGUAAGUUUACAAGGAGAGAAAACUCGUAAUAUUUUGGGAAUAAAGUCGUCAAUUUACGAGAAAAAAUGGUAACCUUAUGUUAAGGCAUUGGAUGAAAAGGGGAUUAGCCU